AUGACCGACAUGGAGCCACGUUUCCCCGAAGUCACAUGGUGGGAGCGAUCCUCGGACACUAACCCGGAGAGGAACUUCAUCGAACUAAAUAUUUGGGCUCCUGAUCUCGGGGAAGCCCCAACCAAGGAAGACUCAGGCAAGAAGGACUCUGCCGAGAAGGAUGCUGGCGAGAAGGACCUGGUCAAAAAGGGCAUUGUCAAACUUGAGGUCACUCCGACUCGCGUUUUCUUCCAGGGAUACUCUACCACAAAGAAGGUUACCUACCAGGUGGACCUGAAGCUGUGCAAAGAAGUUGAUCCUGAGAAUUUCACAUACGAGAUCGCCGGGUCGAUGCCCAGGGCUGUUGUAAAGUUGAUCAAGAAGGACCUUGAUGCGGACUACUGGGAGAAAUUGGUUGCUCCCCCAAAGCCUCACUACCUGAAGCCCGAUUUUGGAAUGUACAUUGAUCCGUCAGAGCAAGAGAAGGAAGAGGAGCCCGAAGGGAUGGACCAGCUCGAUUUCUCCAAACUCGGAGGCGGCAUGGAAGGAAUGGGAGGGAUGCCAGGAAUGGAAGGCCUGCAAGGAAUGAUGCAGGGUAUGGGAGGAAUGCCAGGAAUGCAAGGAAUGCAAGGAAUGGGAGGCAUGGAGGGUGCUGCUGGUGAAGAAGGUGACAUGGAGGAGGACGAGGAAGAGAUGCCUGAGCUAGAAGGUGAAGAGGAGGCCGCUGGUUCUACCAGCAAGCCAAAGAUCGAAGAAAUUGCCUAG